GGGACCCGCCCCCGAACGUCCAGCCGGCUGAGUUCUGAAAGGGGAGACUGAAGGCUGGGAGGGCCCUGUAAAAGUGGCAGCAGGAGAAGAGUACCUCUGGGAAUGGGUAGAGUGUAUUUCUCCGUCGACAGCAAGCUCAGCUGAUCAGUAGCGCGCUGGCGCCAUGGCUUCUGGAGGGGAAGACCUGGAUGACUGGGCGGGCACCAGUCUGGUCAACCUGACAGCACCUGAAAUGGCCGCCACCCAGACCUCCAUGAUUGACAGCGGGGAAGAUUUUGAAGUCCUGGAUAAUACAGAAGAUGGGGAUUUAAAUGGUCUCCCCCCACUGGAGGAUGUCCCCACCAGCCAGGCCAAAGAAGACAACCAAGCAACGGAAGUGGAGCAUCCUGCCAAGGAAGAGUCAGAGGCAACCCAGGAAUGGCUUGAUGUUUUAGGGAGCGGCCUACUGAAGAAGAAAGUCAUCAUAUCAGGCCAAGGUCAAGAGAGCCGGCCCGUCAAGGGCCAGGAUGUGACCAUCCGGCUUAAAGUGAUGCUGGAAGAUGGGAUGGUGGUGGAGGAGGACCCCAGUCUCACUUUCACGCUGGGGGAUUGUGAUGUCAUCCAGGCCCUGGAUCUCUGCGUACAGCUGAUGGACAUGGGGGAGAUGGCACUUAUCACUUCAGAUGGGAAAUAUUGCUUCGGCCCACAGGGGAGGAGUCCUGACAUCCCUCCUGAUGCCUCCUUAACUCUCGAGGUGGAGUUGCUGGCAGCCCAGGAUGCUCCUGAUUUGGAACUCCUUAGUGGGAAAGAGAAAAUCUCGUUGGCUAACCGGAAGAGGGAGCGCGGCAAUUUCCACUACCAGCGAGCAGAUUACGUUCUGGCUGCCAACUCCUAUGACGUUGCUCUCAAAGUCAUCAACUCUAAUUCUAAAGUGGAUUUCAGUGAGGAAGAAGAGGCAGAGCUGGUGGAAGUGAAGAUGAAAUGCUUGAAUAAUUUAGCAGCUUCCCAGCUUAAGCUGGACCAUUACGAGGCUGCCUUGCGAUCCUGCAAUCAAGUGUUGGAGCAGCAGCCAGAUAACAUCAAGGCUCUGUUCCGGAAGGGAAAGGUUCUGGCUCAGCAAGGGGAAUACAGUGGGGCCAUUCCAAUCUUGAAGGCUGCUCUGAAGUUGGAACCAGCAAAUAAGACCAUUCACACGGAGCUCUCGAAGCUGGCAAAGAAGCAUGCUGACCAAAAGAGCAUUGAGACAGAGAUGUACCGCAAGAUGCUGGGGAACCCUAAGUCCAACACCCCCCCAGCGAAGUGCAAAGAUAAGUCCUCCCGGACCAUCCCUUGGAAGUGGCUGUUUGGGGCCACUGCUGUAGCGCUGGGGGGCGUAGCCCUGUCGGUCGUCAUAGCCGCCAGAAACUAAGGCCAGCCUGCGGGUGAUGACUUUUGAGGGAUCAGGCCUGGAGACUCGGCCCUUCCUUCCUCCCAGCUCCUGCCCCUCUUCCUCCACCUGGCCCCUCAAGGACCGGUAUACGACUUUGGACUGGUGUACCCCUCUGGACUGUAGGUUGACUGAGUUGGGUGGGGACAGCAGACUUGGCUCUCCUGCCCAGAAAGACUUCCCAGCCUCCAGAGUUGAUCGGAACAUCCACGAACCCUCUGCAGGAGAUGCCUGAGGUGGCAAAGGAGACCUUUGCGCUCUCCGGGUCUGCAGAGGUGAGAAGAAACCCAGAGGGUCUGGGAGCAUUUUGUGGGAGAGGGCAGGGAAAUGGGCCUUGGCUGGAUGCUCCAUUCACUUCUCACUCUCUCGCUUUCUCUCUGUCUCUCUAGCUUGGGUGGGUUUUCUUCUCCUUGCACUUUAGGUGGCCCAGCAAAGGUCAGUCGAAAUGAAGGAAGAGGUAUUGCUGGUGACCACCUGGCUGGGGGAAGAAACCAGGGGCUGCAGUGAGUUGCCUUGGCUUUAGAACAGACUAGGAGGAGAUGCUUAGAGGCUGUUUAGGACUGGCCUUAGGCUGUGUGUGAGAGGCCCAGGACUGUUGAUGUGCUCCUCUAUGCUCAGGAUUGGUUGGGGCACGUUGGAUGGAUCUUGGUAUGAUCCAACAGCCUCCCACAAAAGCUUCCUUGCAGGACCCCAGGAGUCCUCUGGACUCCAUUUUGGCUCGCCCAGCUCUUUGAAAACAUGCCUGCCGGGAAUGGGUCUGGGUAAGCAUCACCUGGAUUGCUUUCUUUUAAUUGUCUUCGGGAAGCCAAGUCAGGAGCCAAGGGACCUCUCCAUCUUUGCUCAAAAUCAGCUUUUAAAACUUGACUGGUGGCUUUUCCGUGACUUUCUCUCCUUCUUACGCCACCAACCUUAUGUUAGUAGCAGCGGGAGCCACCUGAACCCACUUCUGCUUCUCUUCGGUACAGUUUUUCACUCUCUAUAUACAUUUUAAACUGUGAACCGCUGCAACAUCGUGUUCUAAUAAAGUGACAUCUCUCAGCAGUU